AUGCGUCGGAGGUCAAAGAGGUUGUCAAAGUUGCAGACGGACCGAAGGAAGCGUCUGAGAUUUGCUCUCAUCACCAUCGUCAGUGUCCUACUGAUCUUAGUGGUCCUGACACUGGCACUUUACCACAUAAUCAGGCUCAUAAACUCUGAGUAUUAUUUCUGCGCUCAGUCCCUGACCUUCAUUCCCGUGCUGAAAGCGUGCGACGGGAACGCUGACUGUGCCGACGGUGAAGAUGAGAUGAACUGUGUGUCCAGUUUGAGGACCAAUAGCACCCACCCAGUGAGGUUGGUGGGUGAGAGUUUGAUAUUGCAGGUUUAUAAUCAUGAUAAGUGGACGACCGUAUGUGCAGAUAACUGGAGAACCCAACACACUCGACUAGCAUGUCAGCAGCUGGGUUACAUGCAGAGCCCUCGCAGUAUACAUGUCCCGGUCAAGAGUCUGCGCCCCGAUCUGAAGGCGACUUUCAGCACCCUUAAUACAGAAACCCCUAAAACGGGUGUGAAUCUACAGAACGCCCUCACAGUGAGAGAUCAGUGCACAUCAGGAUCUGUUAUAUCGCUGUCCUGCUCAGACUGCGGCGAGGUGCUCGGCGGCGACAGGAUUGUUGGCGGCGCAGAUACAGAGAUCGAGGCGUGGCCGUGGCAGGUCAGUCUGCAGUGGAACACGCAGCACGUGUGUGGAGGAUCGCUGAUCUCCAGACGAUGGGUGAUCAGCGCCGCUCACUGCUUCACCGGACGAAUCAAGGAACUGAGCAUGUGGCGGGUGGCCUUGGGCCGCACCCACGUGACAUCAUCUGGGGCAGUUUCGGUCGAAACCAUCCUCCUCCAUCAAAGCUACAAACCCAAGUCACAUGACUACGAUAUCGCCAUGCUUCGCCUGACCUGGGACGUGACGCCGGAAGACACCGUUCACCCGGUUUGCCUGCCACCAUACCAGCUGCCCAUCAAACAGGGGGCAGAACUUGUAGUGACCGGGUGGGGCCUGCUGCACGAGAAGGGCGGGUUGCCGUCGGUUCUGCAGAAAGCCGCAGUGCCCCUGAUCGACCAGUCGGUGUGCUCUAACGCGUCCGUCUACGGCUCGGCCAUCACUCCCAGAAUGCUGUGCGCCGGCUAUCUGAAAGGAAAAGUGGAUUCCUGUCAGGGGGACAGCGGGGGUCCGCUGGUGUACCUGUCGUCUCGGUGGCACCUGGUGGGCGUGGUGAGCUGGGGAGUCGGCUGCGCCCGUGAAGGUCUUCCUGGAGUUUACACUGACGUGAGGCAGCUCCUGGACUGGAUCUAUCGCAUCAUGGACAAAUACCGCUGAGAUUCGUUGGAAGUUGAAAGCUGCACCUGAUCACCACCACGACACGAGAAACCAUCAUGUUCCAGAUCGAAAAUAAAUAAUAAACGGCAUAAUGAAUGAAUGAUCGGCAUAAUUAACGACGUUCCAAGUAGAUUUGUUUUAAUAUUUUGGACGUUUUAUUUAAUUUUGCUUCGUUUUGUUUUGUUUGUAUGUUAAAUUUAAAUGUUCUGAUGUUUUUUCUGAUU